UACGUCAAUUAUGUGCAUUUUCCUGGACGACCUGCCCGCUGGAUUGCCACCGAGCCGACCAGAAGACCAUCGCAUCGAGCUGGAACCAAGUGCCCAAUCGAUAGUACAGCGACAAUUUUGGCUCAGCCAACCGGAACUGGAAGAACUGCAGCAGCAACUGGAUUAUCUUCUCACGAAGGGUUUUAUCCGACCCAGCACAUCUUCAUACGCCGCCCCGAUACUGUUCACCCCGAAAAAAGAUGGAGGAUUCCACAGGUGCAUCGACUACCGCGCCCUCAACCGGAUCACAAUCAAGUCCCGUUACCCGAUCGCGCGAGCUGACGAUCUACUCGACCAACUUUGCAGAGCCAAGUUCUUCUCGAAAAUCGAUUUGCGAUGAGGUUACCAUCAAAUUCGCGUGGC